CAGGAACGUCACUUCCAAUAUAAAGGUGUGGACAAAUGGACAAGCAUAGUCUAAAUACAUGUUCGCUGUCAAGACUAUACCGGUGGAAAGCUUUGUACGAAAGUCCCCUGCUCGGGCCAGAUUUCGUACUAAGAAGACAGCAAGGACGCUAUGUAGAAGCAGUAUUGAGGCCUAACAGCAUUGUCUAUGCAAAGAAGGGAUAUCAUUUGCCACAACUGAGUCAUAAAAGGCCUUUGAUCAUUGACGAACGGGAUAUUCGCGACGAUGUCACCGCUAUCCUGCGAAAUUAUUCAGGACAAACUUCGAUGCGCAGCAGACUUUUGGAACUGGAUGAAAAGCAGAAGCCCGUAGUGUAUAAAUGGGAGAAAGUUAAUAUUUUGCCUUCUGUCAGGCCUCAGCAACAGCAGGUGUCAUCUUCGUUGUCAUCUUUGUUGCGAAAACCACUCGUUAGAAGUGACAAAUGCGUGGUCAAGAACCAAGAUGUUACGAAAAUGGCCAGCGUGUACAAGGGAUUUGAGCUGGAUCUGUCGGGAGCCAAAACGAGGAAGUAUUAUGAAGAUCACUUCCCACUUCUGGCAAACAUAGCGACCCACAGCCAACUGAAGCCACCAUCUCGUCGCGAUCUUGCCAUAGAAAUUCAAAAUAACUAUGUCCUUAAGAAGCAGCGUGACGUGCGUAACAGACUUGUCCGCCUCAGUAGUGAUAUUAAUAAUUUGGAAAGACAGGAGUCAGAGGGGCUUGUUACCACGCUGAGAAAUGAAGAAUUUGACCCCAGAAGUUGGCCAUGGAAUACAGAUAUAUAUCCUUAAAUGUAGAUGUGUUCUCCUUCUGUUUCGAACUAAUCGGGGGCUUUUGGUUUAUAGUAGUUCACCUACAAAUCAAUAAGGACCAAAAGCAAAUUCGUCUGAAAUCCAUAGUAAUAUUUAUGCAUAUAAACGAUGGGUCUACUAUGUGUAAAGUAGAAUAUAAUUUAAAUUAACAGGGAAGGGGAGGGGGAGGAGAAUGAGACUACGAUAUUAAAUUAUCGUCACUUAGUAUUCAGAAACUAAAAUUAAAAUCAUGUUUGAGCUAUAUUAUAUUUUUAAUUUAUUAUUAUUAUUAUUAUUAUUUGUGUUGUAUUUUGUUUUACAUAUAUCAUGCAAUGCUCAAAAACAUGUGACUCAUUAUUUAAACUCUAUUUGUUAUAUUGUUUUGUAUGUUUCAUAUUGAAAUUCUAAUCUACAAUAUUUGUUGAAAGUGUUAUUGUCAAAUCCUGUUUAAUUUAUCAUUUCAUUUACCAUGGACUAUGUACAAUUGUUGAUGACCAAUUUCCAUCAUGCACUCUCAUAAACUUAAAUCAAUACGAUGUCUCUGUUAAUAUCUACUUUCUUCCUAGCCUUAAUAGUUUACGUGUUGCGUUCUUGAAGGUAUUUACCAAUUUAUUAAUGUACCACAGUCGUUAUUAUUGUUUUGAAUCAUGAAAAAAAAAUGGUUGUAAUUUUAAAUGUGUGUCAUGUAGGCCUUAGGCCCGCAGUCUGAACAUAGACGUUAAUGUACCACAGUCAUUACUAUUGUUUAAAUCAUCAAAAACUAAUUGUUGUAAUUUUAAAUGUGCGUUAAGUAGGCCUUAGGCCCGCAGUCUGAACAUAGAUGUUAAUGUACCACAAUUAUUAUUAUUGUUUGAAUCAUCAAAAAGAAACUGUUGUAAUUUUAAUAGUGUGUGACAUGUAGGCCUUAAAAUAGAAAAACAAAUAAACAAAUAUGCUGCUUUGA